AGGGAGGCAGGAGCAGGGAAACCGCAGCGCAGCAAGCAUGGCCGGCCAGCGCAAGCUCCUGAGCGAGAUCGACCGCACGCUCAAGAAGGUGAGCGAGGGCGUGGACGUGUUCAACGAGAUCUGGGACAAGGUGUACGCGGCCCAGGCCCAGAACCAGAAGGAGAAGCACGAGGCGGACCUGAAGAAGGAGAUCAAGAAGCUGCAGCGCUUCCGCGACCAGAUCAAGACGUGGAUCGGCAACUCGGACGUCAAGGACAAGCGCCCGCUCGUGGAUGCGCGCAAACUCAUCGAGCAGAAGAUGGAGGAGUUCAAGGUGUGCGAGAAGGAGACCAAGACCAAGGCCUACAGCAAGGAGGGCCUGGCCCAGGUCGAGCGCCUCGACCCGGAGCAGCAGGCGCGCCAGCAGUCCCACGCCUGGAUCCAGGACUGCCUCAACCAGUUCAACGUGCAGAUCGAGGCGCUCGAGAGCGACGUCGAGCGCCUGCACUCGGCCAAGGGCCGCAACCGCAACAAGGCCGAGAUCGAGGAGAAGGAGAAGCUGCUGUCCAGGCACAAGUGGCACAUCCUCAAGCUCGAGCAGAUCAACCGCCUGCUGGACAACUCGGCGCUCGAGCCCGACCAGGUGGACGAGCUCAAGGAGGACGUCGAGUACUACCUCGAGGCCAACCAGGAGCCCGACUUCAUGGACACGUACGGCGACGACGACAUCUACGAGAUGCUGGACCUGGACACGCUCGGAGCUGCGGCCCAGGUGGCACUGCCCACGGAGCAGGACGUGGGCAUCGACGACACCAGCUCCACGACGUCUGCGUCGUCCGCUACUACUGCUGCGACGCCCAGUGGACGUGGCAAGACGCCGCGCAAGAGCGCCACGUCCUCGAUGAUCACAGGCAUUGGUCGCGCUGGUGCGGUGAAGCCUAUUGACCUUAAGACGUCCACGCCGAGUCGCUCCAGCAGCUCUACUAAGAGCGACACAUCGCCGCCCAACGCCAUCAAGACGGAUGAGCUCAAGAUCGGCAAGGGCCGCACCACCCCGCAGCGCGCCAAGAGCGGAUCCUCAGACAAGAGUGCCAGCAAGGCGCCUACUCCAGUGCCGUCGUCUCCUGCCGUCGGUGAGCAGCGCACGCCAGCACGCAAGGUUUCUCCGCCUACGCCGCAGCGUUCUCCGUCUCCGAGCAUCGGCCGGGGCCAGGUCGUUGGCCCGAGCUCGUCCUCUUCAUCCGCGUCCCCUGCAGCAGCCAAGGCCCCAGCGGCGGCAGCGCCGUCACCCGCGCCGUCUAACGUAUCCUUGCCACCGCCGGUCCCUACUCCAAACGCUGCUGCUGCACCGCCCGCAGUUUCCGUACCAGAAGCUUCACCCGGCACCGGAUCCGCAGCGCCUACUCCUACGGCUGCGGCAUCUAAACCUCGGCCCAUGGAGGAUUCGCCCCAACUCACGGAGGAGCAGAAGCAGGUGCUGCGGUUGAUCGACGAGAGCUUUCACUUCAUUCCCGAGAGCCGCGACUCGGAAAAGGCCAACCGCUACGUGCCGCGCAACCUGUACCCGACGCCGGCGUCGUUCCCGGCCACACCGUCCACACUCUUUUCGAGCGCCCCCAUCUUCGAGAAGCUGGACGUGGAUACGCUCUUCUUCAUCUUCUACUACCAGCAGGGCUCGUACCAGCAGUACCUGGCUGCGCGCGAGCUCAAGCGACGGACAUGGGGCUACCACAAGAAGUACAAGACGUGGUUCAAGCGGCACGAGGAGCCGCAGGUCACAGGCGAGGACUACGAGCAGGGCACCUUCGUCUACUUCGACUACGAGACCGGCUGGUGCCAACGCAUCAAGACGGAGUUCACCUUCGAGUACAGCUACCUCGAGGACGAGCUGCAGUAA